GGUACACACAGGUGAGCUUCUUAAGUUUCACUCUUCCCAGGCAUUAGGACUACAGACGAACAUGUCUAUGGAUAAAUCCUAAAACUGCUUAAAAGUAGUUUAUAAAAGGUGAAGUAGAUUUUAACUCAAAAAGAGUGGCACCGAUAUGACUUCAGUUAAGGCACUGCAGGAGAAAUUUAAGUCCUGGAAGGAGACGUUUCCAUGCUGUCCCGCUGCUGAACAGGAUGAAGCAGCCGGAAAAGACAAGUACAGAUCUGCUGGAGGAGGAAUUCCUCUCUGUAUGAAGUUGUGUUAUGCGGUUGGGGGUAUUCCAUAUCAGGCUACUAACAUGGCCAUGGCUUUCUCCUUCCAGAUCUUUCUGCUGGAUGUGGUGCAGAUGGAGGCGUUUUUUGUCUCUCUGAUCCUGUUUGUGAGCCGGGCGUGGGACGCUCUCACUGACCCUCUGGUGGGGUAUGUGGUGAGCAGGAGUAGGCGAUGCCCUGUGGGCAAACUGCUUCACUGGUCACUUCUGUCCAUGCCUGUGGGCGUUCUGUCUUAUGCCCUCCUCUGGUUCAUCCCUCACACUGCGGCCAACUCCUCAGCCAGUGUGGGCUGGUACCUAACUGCCAGCUGUCUGUUCGAGACAUUCAUGAGUUGCUAUCACGUCCCAUAUACUUCCCUUAAUAUGUUCCUGGGAGGAAGCGAGAGAGACAGAGAUUCAGCCACAGCCUUCAGGAUGAGUGCGGAGGUGCUGGCGAUGCUGCUGGCCGCUGUGAUUCAGGGGCAGGUGUUGAGAGUUUAUAAUGCAGAGAGAGAGGAUUCCUGUCUGGAUCUGGAUGAAAACCAUGAGCUCCCUCGCACCACCCCAGCUUCCCACAUUGCACCUCUGCAUCACACUAGAGAAGCCUUCAUGAAGUCUGCUCUGGUGCUGGGGGCUCUCUUCUUUCUCUGCAGCAUGGUGCUAUUUCUGGGAGUAAAAGAGCAAAGUGGGUGUUCAGAUAGACAGGAAGGAAACCGUAGGUCCUACUUACAGGAUCUUAAGAAGCUGUUUGGCCAUGUCUCCUAUCAGCGCCUGGUCCUGGGUUUCCUCUUCUCCUCACUCGCCUUCCAGAUGUCUUUAGGAAACUUUGGUUUAUUCUGCAUCCAUGUAGCAGGACUGGGGGCUCAGUUCCAGUACCUCAUGCUGACUAUAUUGAUUGCAGCUUGUGUAUCUGUACCUGUGUGGCAAAUGACUCUGGUGAGGUUGGGUAAGAAGAACACGCUGUUUAUCGGACUGCCUCUUCUCAUCCCAGCACUGAUAGUCUUCGCGUCGGUGACUGAGAACUUUCCAGUCUACAUGGUGAUGUGUAUUCUGGCCGGGGCUAGUGUAGCAACACUGUUCUUGUUACCAUGGUCCAUGCUGCCAGAUGUAGUGGAUGAGUUUACAGUGCAGAACCCCUGCUGUGUGGGCCUGGAGCCCCUGUUUUUCUCCUGCUCUUACUUCUGUAACAAGCUCGGAGGUGGUCUAUCAGCCGCCAUCUCCACCAUGACGCUACACUUGACAGGGUAUAAAACAGGAGUGUGUAACCCCAGUGAAGGAGUUGUCACAGCACUGCGCUUGCUUUUGGCCCCGAUACCAAUUGUCCUGCUGCUGCUGGGUCUGGUCUUCUUCUACUUUUACCUCAUCAAGGAAAAAACACCCCACCGACAGAUCCAACAAGACCUAGAAGAAAUAAGAUCCAGGGCAGAAAUGGUUCAAGGUCAAGAAAAGGACACCAAGCUUCAGCAGAGCAGCCAGCAACACAGACCCAAGACCAGCAGCUUCCAUUCAAACACUAACACUGAGUCUUCUGUGAAAAAGAAAUCUUAUUCCCAGCAGAGACAUUCUCCUUCAUCUUCUGUUUGGAAGCAGUGCAACAUUACCACGAGUCCACACAUCCGCAGCUCCACUAGGACAGAAAGCAGUUUGAAGCGACCCACCUCAAAAAGCAAUUUGCCCACAUCUCAAACCUGCACUCAUCAGUCUUCGCCAAGGGAUUAUGAGAUGCCGUCUGAAAGGGCAAAGGUUACAUGGGUAUAAAUGAAACCGAUUUAUCUUCA